GUUAUUCCGUUGCUACCUUAAUCAGAAAGGAAAGUCGGGGUACUUUCUACUUUGCCAUACAUCUUAGAGGAAUUGCGGUUUUUGCUUCCAUUAUUGUCACAGAGAGAGAAUCAAAUAAAAAUGGGAGUUUUCUCCAAUAAAAUUUCAAGGGAUACCCUUAAGGCCGGAGAUCACAUCUAUUCUUGGAGGAACGCCUAUCUCUACUCCCAUCAUGGCAUAUAUGCUGGCGAUGGCAAAGUGAUUCACUUUACCAGAGGACCAGGCCAGGAAAUAGGCACUGGAACUUUUCUGGACAAUGUCAUCUUCAGCUCAUCCCCUUCCUCAGAUCAUGCAAAGUGUCCAUGCCCUGUAUGCGGUGACCAAUCCAAACUUAGUGGUGUCAUUUCAUCCUGCCUUGAUUGUUUCCUUUGGGAGGGCGAGCUUUAUCUCUUUGAGUACGGGGUCUCGCACAUUUUCUUCCUUGCAAAGGCACGUGGUGGGACCUGCACGCUCGCGCCUGCGGACCCACCAGAAGACGCUGUUUCUCGAGCUUCUUUUCUUCUAGAGAAAGGGUUUGGUGGCUACAACAUCUUCAAGAACAACUGUGAGGAUUUUGCCAUUUAUUGCAAGACGGGUUUGCUUGUUGUAACAGACAUCAGUGUGGGGCGAAGUGGACAAGCCACAGCCUUUGUAGCGGCUCUGAGCGCAGUCGUUUCUUCUCCACUUCGGUUCUUGACCACUAGCUUCCCUGGAUUAACAGCUGUGGGAUGUGGCAUGUAUUGUGUUAGCAGGGUUGUCUCUGACAUUGGAAUGAGGCGUGAUGUGAUGAAGGUCCCCGUCGAGAGGCUUGUUGGCCGCAUUGACUUAGACCAGCCAGCUAAACAAGAGAAGCUUGUUAACCACAUUGACUUAGACCAGCCAGCUGAGACUGUUACUACUGAACAAGAGAGGCUCGUUGCCCGCGUCGACUUAGACCAGCUAGCUAAGACCGCUACUUGUAAACAAGAUUAGUAUUUAUUGAGCGUCCAUUAUAUACCCCAAGUGCACGGGGCAGUCUCUUACAUAUUCUUGCUCACAUGCUUCGCAACAGGAGUAUGCGUGCUUUUUCAUGGGAGAUGGUGCAAGUAAUCCUAGGUACACCUGGGUGUAAUCUGGACACUCGUAUUUGUCUGUCUUUGUUGAUGGCAGCUUGUUGAUGCUUUGAUUUCUGAUUGUCAGGUUAUUGUUCUCAUUUCCUUUUUGUUGUUGUGGAAUUAUCAUGUAUUGGCUUUAUCUAAAUACGUCUGUUUUAUCGGAAAUGUAAUAUUUCAUGUCA